AUGGGUCUCUCACUGUCAGCUUGGUUGUACAGCAGGACAGACGACAGCCCUCCCUCCCCGUCAUCGGCUUUCACUCCACUGGCCGUCCCGACCUCCUCUCGCCUCGCGAUCACUCUGAACUCCUCUCCAUGUUCCCCAGGAGACAGCCGCUCACAGUGGAGCUCAGUCCACCGCUCUCCUCACUUUGUGCUCUCUGCCUGCAAACAGAAAGCAACACGUUCACCUGUUGAGCUUAGCAGCGAUGGGGUGAGAGCAGAGAUGGGGGUGAAAGGUGGGCUUCAUGUCUGGGAGGUGCUGUGGAACCCCGACCACAGAGGGAGUCACGCUGUUUUGGGCGUUUCCAUGCAUGACUGUCCUCUGCAGGCCUCAGGGUACAACGUGCUGGUGGGUGGAGACGCACAGUCCUGGGGCUGGGAACUCAAAACUAAUCAGCUCUGGCAUGGUGGACAGAGUCUGGGACUCUACCCAGGAAAGACAAGGAGGUGUCACUCUGAGGCUGCAGAGGAUUUCAGGCCACAGUCUUCCACUUUACCGCAGCCAAAAGUGGCAGAGACGCCUCUCCCCAUCCCUGAAUGUGUCCUGCUGGUCCUGGACACUGAUGCAGGGACUCUGGGAUUCGUUGUUGAUGGCAGUUUUCUUGGAGUAGCUUUUAAAGAUCUUCCUCAAGGGGUGGAGCUGUUCCCAGCGGUGAGCAGCGUGAGAGGGGGAGCCAGCAUACGACUACGCUACGUGAACGGUGCCACACGUGAUCCCCCUGCCCUGAUGGCUUUAUGUGGACUGUCAAUUUGUCAGUUUUUGGGGCAGCAGAGGCAGAAUCAAACUGACAAACUGCCUCUACCCCCUUUUCUUCAGCACUACCUGCUUUCUAGUCAUUAAUUUGCACACACACAUAAUAGGAAUGCUUUUGUCAGUUACUGCAGAACUUGCAUUUCCUUUUCAGGUCAAGUCAAGUAGAACUUUGUUUGUUCCCAGUGGGGCAAUUGGAGCGGUAAUAAGAAGAACAAGAUCAAAGACACACAAGGCAAUUACAAUAAUACAAUUAAAAAACUGGUUAUGUGAAAAGUGUAUUUAUUAUUCAUCAUAUUUAUUACAAAAUGAAAUAUUCAGUACGUGGUCCACUGAUAAUAUUGUGAAACUCAUCUGUAAACUGUGUUUAGUUUCAAAAUAUCAACAGUGAACUGGGAGGAAAUGUAGGGAUUUUGGGAGCACAAUUGUUUCGCAAAACUAGGGCAUGUAGGCUGAUUCUGAAUGUUUCCUUC